GAGUCGUAUGAUUAUUAAGGUUGGAUCUUAUUUUCCAUUACUACGCACAAUAAAAAACUAUGAACAACAAAAAUCUACCCACCGUAUGACAGGGUGUUGGAAGAUGAACAGAAGCAUGACCUGGAAUCCCUUCAUGCUCAUCUUUCUUUUUCUUUCUAUUACCUUCUUCCAUUUCGCAACUGCUGAUCUUGUUUUUCUUCACCGAUCUUGUAGUCACGAAAGAAGCAGUGACAACAGCCCCUAUCAGACCAAGCUCAAGACCCUCCUCUCUUCCUUAUCUUCCAAUGCCACACCCAACGCCAACGGAUUCUACAACAACACAAUCCUCGGCACAAACUCCUCCGACACAGUUUAUGGUCUUUUCAUGUGCAGAGGUGAUGUUCUUUUUGACGAGUGCAGAGAUUGCGUUGCAAACGCAACCCACACUCUGUCUUCAGACACAAACUGUUCCUUGUCCAAAUCGGGUGUGAUUUGGUACGAUGAGUGCAUGGUUCGGUUUUCCAACAACUCUUUCUUCUCCACUGUGGACACAUAUCCCAGAUAUUACAGAUGGAACCAGGCCAAUAUCUCCUCCAACCCAUUAAGCUUCAACUAUUUGUUAGCCAACACCAUGAGAGAAACUGCUCAUGAAGCAGCCAAUUCAAGUAACAGGUAUUCCACAAAGAAAGAAAGCUUAUCGGAAUUUAAUACUCUUUACUGUCUAACUCAGUGCACACAAGACCUUUCACCCCAACAAUGCUCAGACUGUCUUGAAUCGGCAAUAUCAGAUAUUCCAUCUUGCUGCGAUGGAAAGCAAGGAGGAAGAGUUGUGUAUCCCAGUUGUAACAUCAGGUAUGAAUUGUACCCUUUCUACCGUGCCACCGAUGAGGGACCAAAAGGACUCGUCCCAGAAACAAAAUAUGCACAGAGAGAUUCUGAAUAUUCAGAAAAUCCUGCUUAUAUUUCUCACAAUUGCUCAAACAACAAAGCUGGCAUUGCUUUCCAAUCAAACCUCAGAACCCUCCUCUCUGCUUUCUCUUCCAAGGCCACCUCUAGAUAUGGAUUCCAGACGCAAGAGGGAACAGCGUACGGCCUCUUCAGGUGCCGUAUCGACAUUCCUGCUCGCCUCUGUCAACAAUGCAUCCAAAACGCAACCGACAGAAUAACCUCGGAGUGUGGUUUGGCUUCUGCGGAGGCUGUAAUAUGGUACAAUCACUGCUGGCUUCGCUAUUCCGCAAGAAAUUUCUUCUCCAGCUACGAAACAAGUCCGAGAUUUGGGAAUCUUAAUAUCAGCAACAGCAGUCCGAUACAGUCCUCUGUUGCUUCUGAGUUAUCGAACCAGUUAGCUAAGGUGGCCAACAUGACAGGGAACACUGAUAACAAAUUCCUAACAGAUGAAUCUCUGAGAUUGAACGAUGAGCAAAGAGUGUAUAUUCUUGGUCAGUGCUCAACGGAUCUAUCAACCGAUGGUUGCAGUGGGUGCCUCAAUGAUGUGAUUGGAACGGCAAUUCCAUGGAGCAGUUUGGGAAGCGUGGGUGGACGAGUUCUGUAUCCUAGCUGUAUUCUUCGCUUUGAAUUGUUCCAGUUCUACAAUCUCACACCUCCUCCUCCACCAUCCCCACCAGGUUGGCAAAUGCACUCAAAAACGAUUAUCUUGAUUAUUACUUCCAGCAUAGUUGUAUCAGGGGUAUUUUUCACCCUUUGUUACUAUUUGAUACGAAGGAAACCCAGAAAAAAUAGUAGAACUAUUCUUCAAGAAAAUUUUGGACAAGAAAGUUCCACUAUAGAGUCAUUGCAAUUCAAUCUGCCAACAAUUGAAACAGCAACAAAUAAUUUCUCGUACGAGAACAAAAUUGGCAAAGGUGGAUUUGGUGAAGUUUACAAGGGCAUUCUUUAUGAUGGACGAUCAAUUGCUGUAAAAAGACUUUCAAGAAAUUCUAAGCAAGGCAUAGAAGAGUUCAAAAAUGAAGUUCUAUUAAUAGCCAAACUUCAACAUAGGAAUCUAGUAGCAUUCAUAGGAUUUUAUCUCGAUGAACAAGAAAAAAUACUUAUCUAUGAAUAUGUGCCAAACAAGAGUCUCGACUACUUUUUAUUUGAUACUAAACAAGAAAAAGUUUUGAGCUGGAGUGAGCGUCACAAUAUCAUAGGUGGAAUUGCUCGAGGAAUUCUAUAUUUACACGAACAUUCACGACUUAAAGUUAUACAUCGUGAUCUUAAACCUAGUAAUGUACUACUAGAUGAAAAUAUGAACCCUAACAUUUCAGAUUUUGGACUUGCUAGAAUUGUUGAAAUAGAUCAAGAGGAGGAAAGUACCAAUAGAAUUAUUGGAACAUAUGGGUAUAUGUCUCCAGAGUAUGCUCUCUUUGGACAAUUUUCUGAGAAAUCUGAUGUUUACAGUUUUGGUGUUAUGAUUCUCGAGAUUAUUACUGGAAAAAAGAAUAUAGGUUCAUAUGAAUCACAUCGUGUUGCUGAUGGUCUUCUAAAUUUUGUUUGGAGAAAUUGGAGGGAUGAAGCAACACUGAACAUAUUGGACCCAAAAUUAAAAGAAAAUUAUUCUAAUGUUGAAGUCAUGAGAUGCAUUCAAAUUGGUCUAUUAUGUGUUCAAGAAAACUCGGACUCGAGACCUACAAUGGUAACAAUUGCUUCAUAUCUUAGUAGUCACACUAUUGAGUUGCCUUCCCCACAAGAACCAACAUUUUUCUUGAACCAUAUAAUGAAUCCAAUUGUUGCACAUGAGUCAAGUUCAGGCCAAGAUAUCAACUCCAUACCAUCCUCUAUCAAUGACAUAUCUAUAAGUGAAUUUUAUCCUCGAUAAUUUACUUUUGUAUAUCAUUAUUUAUUUUAUGUUUUAAUGUAGUGUAAAGUAUUACUUUAAACUAUGUCAAAUGAGAAAUUGUGAAGUUUGUUUUGUGAUAUA